AUGCUGGAGAUGAGAGAUGUCUACAUGGAGGAGGAUGUCUACCAGCUACAGGAGCUCCGGCAGCAGCUGGACCAAGCUAGUAAGACCUGCCGCAUCUUGCAGUACCGCCUGCGUAAGGCAGAACGACGCAGUCUCCGUGUGGCACAGACUGGCCAAGUGGACGGAGAGCUCAUCCACAGCCUUGAACAAGAUGUCAAAAAUUCUUUGAAGAAAAGAGGAUCAUGCUCUCUUGGGAAGGCAGACAAAAAAUCAUCUGCCCAGGAGGACAGUGCAGACCUCAAGUGUCAAUUGCAUUUUGCUAAGGAGGAGUCUGCUCUGAUGUGCAAAAAACUAACAAAGGUAGCCAAAGAGAAUGACAGUAUGAAAGAGGAACUGAUGAAAUAUCGGUCCUUGUAUGGGGAUCUGGAGAGUUCCCUCUCCAUAGAGGAGCUGGCUGACUCCCCUCAUUCCAGAGAGGCAGAGCUGAAAGUCCACCUGAAGCUUGUUGAGGAAGAAGCCAACAUCUUGAGCCGGAGGAUAGUGGAGCUUGAGGUUGAAAACCGAGGGCUGAGGGCAGAAAUGGAUGACAUGAAAGUGCAAGGAGACAAAGAACUCUUGGGGCAAGACAUCCGGUUUUCCUUCUCCAUGACAAACUGUGGGGACUCAGGGGAGAGUGUAAUGGAACUCAGAAGGCAUUUGCAGUUCGUGGAGGAGGAGGCAGAACUGCUGAGGCGGUCGCUGAUGGAACUGGAGGAUCAGAACAAGCUCCUCAUGAAUGAACUCAAUAAGUACAAGUCAGAUCAUGACCUGGACAUCACCCUCUCUGAGGACAGCUGUUCGGUGAUCAGCGAGACCUCCCAAGAAGAGCUGGCCACUGCCAAGGUCCAAAUCAGUGAGCUGAGCGGCAAGGUCAAGAAGCUGCAGUACGAGAACCGAGUGCUGCUUUCUAACUUGCAGCGCUGUGACCUUGCCUCGUGCCAGACCACCCGGCCCAUGCUGGAGACAGAUGCUGAGGCUGGAGACUCUGCCCAGUGCAUUCCAACCAAUAUUAACAAAUCUCAUGAAACCAGCCCUAGCAGGUUUCUCAAAUCGAAGGACUUUGAGACUCUCCUUGACAUCAGGGACCAGGCUGCACUGGUCAGCAAAGCCAUCGAUGUCCUGAUCUCGGAUGCCAACGGCUUCACCUCCAGCCUAAAGCUCUGCAUGGAUAAUGACUGUGCGGAGCUAGUGCUGAGCGAGGCCAUGGACAACGAGAGCACCACGGAUUCUAAGCUGAUCAGUGCCAUUUUGAUGCGACUUGGGGUCCUUCAGCAAGAGCUAAACAGCUUCAUGAAGAAGGUGGACCACAUUGGUGACUGCCUGAAAGGCCAGAAAGACUCAUUGCCAAGUUCCAGCUCCCAGGAUGCCACAAAAGAGGCUUUGCGGAAAGAGCAUAACUCUGAAUUCCAGCAGUCUGAAUUUAGGGAGGCCCCAGACUGGGACGUCGGGGAGAGUAGGUCCUCUGACCUCUACCACAGCAGUAGCAACACCAGCACCGUUGAUGUGGGUGCCAAUGUGGAACUUGACCGGAGUUACAAGUCGUACCAACCGGAGGAGAAAGACUCUUAUGCAUCUGAGAUCAAGGAGUUGCAGCUGGUUCUUUCGGAGGCCAAUGAGAGCUUGAGGGGCCUGCAGGAACAGCUCUCCCAGGAGAGGCAACUGAGGAAGGAGGAAGCAGAGAACUUCACCCAGAAAAUCUGCCAGCUGAAGGAAGAUCACCAGAAGGCCCUCCUGAGGCGGGAAUUUGAGCUGCAGAGCCUGAACCUUCAGAGGAGGCUGGAGCAAAAAUUCUGGAGCCAAGAAAAAAACCUCCUGGUGCAGGAAUCCCAGCAGUUCAAGCAAAAUUUCUUGCUCCUUUUCAUGAAGCUAAAGUGGUUCCUGAAACAUUGGAGGCAGGGCAAGAUUCUGCAGAAUGAAGGCAAUGACUUCUUGGAGGUGAAUAGCAUGAAAGAACUGUACCUGCUGAUAGAAGAGGAGGAACUGAACCCCCAGCAGCAAGCAGAUAACAAGACAUGUAUUGGAGACGGCUGGUCUCAGAACGCGCCCAAUGAGUACAUUAAGACCCUGUCAGACAUGAAGGUGAUCUUAAAGGAGCUGUGCACAGAGCUGCGUGAAGAGAGGAGAGGCAUGAACGAGCUGCAGCAACAGUUUGUCAAGGCCAAGGCAACCUGGGAGAUGGAGAGGACUGAGCUCAAGUGUCUCAUCACACAGCUGGAAUCCAAGGGUGGGAAGGGCCUGACGGAGCGAGCGCUCUCUGACUGGAAAGCAGCUCUGAAGAGGGAGCGGGAAGAACACCAGCACCUCUUGGCUGAAUCCUACAGUGCUGUCAUGGACCUGACCAAACAGCUGCAAAUCAACGAGAAGAACUGGGACCAGGAGAAGCUGGAGCUCUUGGGCCACUUCAAGGUUGAGCAGCAGGCGGCAGAGCAGCAAGUGCGGGAGCUGCAGAACAAGCUGAACCAGCUGCAGAAGGGAGCCGACCGAUGGGCUUUGAAAAAUUCAGAGAUGGAAAAGCAUGGCAGUAGCUGGAAAGAGACUCUCAAUGAGAAGAUCACUGACAAAGAAACCAUUUCUGAAACAGACAUCAAAGAAAGUAAUCUAAAAAGGACAAAGUCGGUUUCCUCAAUGUCUGAAUUUGAAAGCUUGCUUGACUGUUCACCUUACCUUCCUGGCAAGACCAGCCCAGUGAUCACAGAUAACGCCGACACCAAAAAGGGCUCUCCAGCUACUCAGAUGUUGCCUGAUACAUUAAGGGACACAUUAGGGGUCACCCCCAAUAACUGUGCUCAUAAUGAGCAACCCAAAUCUGAGAACCGGGCCACAGAGGACCUCUCCAUCUCAUUGUGCGGCUGCACCAAGACAAGCAGCUUGUCUGUGCAAGAUCAGUCCCAGAAGCAAAUGCAGAGGAGCCACACAGCCCCAGACAAGACUGGGAUCCGCAUAUACUACAGCCCUCCAGUGGCACGGAGGUUGGAAGCGCCUCUAGUGCAGAACAGGGAGGGGAAGAUUAUGGUUGAGCCUGGCUUCUUGUUCACCAUGGCCAAGCCCAAGGAGGAGUCAGACAACUCAGAAAACAUGUACAGCAGGUGGCUGUGCAACUUCUCCAAGCAGCACCGCGAGCUGCUUGAUGGAAGUACCGUUAGCGAGAAAGCUGUGGCUUCCGUCCCAAGGUUCCCACCCUCCCUGCAUGACCUGGAGAUCUCUGGCAACAUGAGUGAUGAUAUGAAGGAGAUCACCAACUGUGUCCGGCAAGCUAUCCGCUCCAGCUCCCUUGAGAGAAAGGUGAAGAGCGCUUCCAGCCAGACGGUGGGAUUGACCAGCGUCAGUACUCAGACCAUCCAGACUGCCAGCGUUGGCCUCCAGACAGACAUGCCCAGAGGCAGCAUCCACAGCAGCAAAAGCUGGUCCCCACGGAGCUCCUCCCUCAUGUCUGUGCGCAGCAAGCAGAUUUCCUCAUCUCUGGACAAAGUCCACUCCAGGAUCGAACGGCCCUGUUGCUCACCAAAGUAUGGCUCCCCGAAACUCCAGAGAAGAUCGUCCUCUAAGCUGGACAAUUCUAAGGAUCGGAGCCUGUGGAACCUCCAUCAGAGUAAGCAAAAUGGGUCCGCUUGGGCUCGAUCCACGACCACCAGAGACAGUCCAGUCCUCAGCAAUAUUAACGAUGGCCUGUCUAGCUUGUUCAAUGUUGUGGAGCAUUCUGGGAGUACCGAAUCCAUCUGGAAGCCAGGGUGCCAGGAAAGCAAAGCCAAGCCAGAAGCACCCAAGUAUGGGAUAGUGCAGGAGUUUUUCCGGAAUGUAUGUGGCAGAACUCAGAGCCCCACUUUAGCUCCUGAGAAGAAGGACCCCGUAGGAGUAGAAAGCAGCAGCAAGAAGGCCGACCAUCCAUCUGUAGCUGUGCCCCACCAGUCUGAAAGCACCUCCAAGACCCUUGACAAAAAACCUUUGAAGCAGAGCUGCAAUGAGGAACCAAAGCUACCCACCCCGUGCCAAGGAGGCAAGGACAAAGCCUUAAGGGAGCCGGACAUCAUCUCUGCUACUAUUGCCAAUGAGGACAUUGCUUGUGACUGCAGCUCCCAGUCGCUGACCUCCUGUUUUGCUCGGCCCUCACGCUCCACUGUCCGCCACUCCCCUUCCAAGUGCAAGUUGCACCCCACUGAGGGCAGCCGGGCGGAGGAGAGGGUGGGGCCGCCGAGUGAGUGA